UUCUCUUGAUUGUGUGCUUGUAUGUGCGUGUGUACAUGUUUAUAGCAGUGAGAUUGGUGCAAAUUUGGGCAAUGCAGCUAUGCAGCACUGAAGCACGCAGUGUUUUGACAGAGCUGCUGGGCAACUGAGAAGGAUAGUGAAAUAGAGAGAGAGAAAUACAAGGCUCGCUUCACUUUGUAAUCAGUGUUCCUGAGGGAUCCAUCAUCCACUACAGACGACGAAAAGAAUUCACUGCGGUCUCUCUCAAAUCAGAUCUGAAGAGUGGUUUUAUUUCAGAUCAGGGCUGACCACAUAAUCUUUGCAGCACAAAGUGAUCAGAAUGGAGCUGCUCUCCACACCCCAUAAUAUCCAGAUCACCGAGGUGACAUGUGACUCCUUCAAGAUUGCCUGGGAGAUGCACCCCAAGGAUGCUGGGAAAGUGACACACUACUUCAUUGACCUCAGCCGUAAAGAGGCCAAGGAUCCCAAUCGCUUCAAACAUCGGGAUGUCCCGACGAAGCUGGUGGCAAAAGCAGUGUCCCUCCCCCUGACAGUGCGUGGUCACUGGUUCCUGAGCCCGCGGACAGAGUACUGUGUGGCGGUGCAGACAGCGGUCCGCCAGUCCGACAGCGGGGACUAUAUGGUGUCAGAGUGGAGUGAGGUGGUGGAAUUCUGCACUGGUGAUUACGCUAUAGAUCACCUGCAACAGCUCCUGGAGAAAGCAAAGUGUGUGUCUGGACGCAUGCUGAGGUUCUCCAUGUUCUACAGGAACCAGCACACCGACUACUUCCACUACGUCAGGCUACAGUGUGGUGGCGCUAUGCUGCCCACUCUGAAGGACAGUAGUGGCAGUCAUGGCUCUCCCAUCAACGGCACACUGAGGGGGGUGUUUUUCAGCUGUAACACAGAGUUCGACACCGGGCUGCCCCCCAGCGACUCGCCCUAUGGCCCUCUGCGCUUCCAGGUCCCAGCAGGACAGCUUCUCCACCCCAGCACCCGCCUCUACUUUGCUGACUUCUACUGUAUGUACACCCCCUACCACUAUGUAGUGCUUGUGAUGGCCCCUAGUGGUUCUGAGGGUGACAGCUUUUGCAGAGGUCGCCUGCCCGAGCUGGACACUGCCAGUAACCCAUUCCUGACCUUUCAAUCCCCACAGCAGGAAGGGGGGGAGCCCACCUUUUGGCAUGCCCAUGAUGUCAUCCUGGAAGUCCUGUAUACCGAACCCGUACCCCUGGAACAGGGCAUCUUGGAAGAGAUAAGUGGGCACCAGCUAAUGAGUCUGUCCACUGCCAAUGCCAAGAAAGACCCCAGCUGCAAGGUGUGCAAUAUUAGCGUGGGCCGCUGAAGCAGGCAAGGAAUAAUGGCUGGAAUGGGCUUCAAUUGUCAGCUUCUUGUGAGUUUUCUUUCUUGUUACUUUUUAAGAAUUUCUCAUAUAAUACAUGGCCUGCAGGGAUCAACCAAAGCUCUCAUCUUUCUCUUUAAUCGUCUCUGAACUACGUUCUUUUACAAACGUCUAUCUUUGGAUCUCUGCAUCCAACUUGCUCACACAAAUUUCUGGAUUUUUCAAUGCUGUCUUGCAGGGCAUAUUCUUCUUGAUCCAUUUCAGUAAAGGUCCAGUUUCUCCAG